CCGAACAGGAGGCGGUGCAUUGAGCUGUUGUUAACGAGUGGAGCAAGUAUCAAUGAAUAUGAUAUGUGUCGGUUUCGUUGAAAAUUCGUUAAAACAAUGGAGAUUACAACAGCCGCUGUAUUAGCUCCUGUUACAGCUAUCGAAGUACACAAAAAUUACAUUUUAUCAGGUGAGGCAUCCUAUCUGCAUGUGUACAACCUUGCAUCUGGAAAGCACUUGGAAUGGUACUGUCUUCUUGGAGCACAUGUUAUCCAUGGCAUUCGCAGAGGUGAAGACCACCAGUAUGCCGUGUUUGGCCAGAAAGCAGUCUGUGUUGUUCUUCUUGAACUGGGGGAGAAUGUCAGGCUCAGUGUCCUGUGCGAACUUGCCGAAUUCCCUGAUUGGAUCUUGGAUGUUGCAUUAUUGGGGAAGGAUGAGUCUCCUUCUCCAGCCGCUUGUCUGGGUCUCAUUCUUGCUCACAACUCCGCCAUGCUGUGGGACUGGAAGCAGAAAGCCUGUCUACAGCACAUCCAUUCUGCUGAAAACUGCAUUCUCUAUUCAGCAAGGCUUCUCGGUAGCACCUGGGAUGACAUGACUGUCGUAGCUGGCACCGUGUUCAACCAGGUUGUGAUAUGGAAAACAACAGGGCCAAGAGAUACAGAAGGAAGGGUACCAGUGGAGAGGAGACUGACAGGGCACCAGGGUGUCAUCUUCAACUUGAGUUACCAUAGGGGGCGCAAGCUCCUUUGCUCAGUGUCAGAUGAUCGUAGCAUCCGUCUGUGGCACCUAGACCUGGGGAAACCCCCUGCAGAGCAGAGUGGCGCUGUCCACAGGGUGAUGUAUGGACACAGUGCCAGGGUGUGGGAUGCAAAGAUACUUGACCAAUUUAUUGCCAGUAUAGGAGAGGAUGCUACUUGUUGCGUUUGGAACGACACUGGUGAAGUUAUUCACAGAUUCACAGGCCACAAGGGGCGGAGUAUAUGGAGUUUAGCUGUUGACGAAACUCAGCAAGUCAUUGUCACUGGUGGUGGAGAUAGCAGUAUACGAAUCUGGCCCAUUGGUGCUAAACAGGAAGAAAACUUCACCACAGAGGAAUUGCAUAUCUGGACAGAUGCUGUACCUGUCUUGCUCAAAGGUGACCCAUUGGCAUCUGCCGGCCCAGGCCAUGGCUUAGAAACACUGACUGAUGCAGAAGGAUUCAACCCAAGACAACUCGCUGUUCUCAACUCAGGGAAGAUCAUUAUUUUGACACUGAAUGGAUGCCUGCUGUGUUACAUGCUCCGGAGUAAACAGUGGCAGCUGCUGUCACAUGACCCCAACUACCAAUCCUACUGCCUCCUGUCAGUCUGUCCAAGCCAUCAAGUGGCUGCCCUGGGCAACAUCCAGGGAAGUCUGAAGAUUGUUGCUUUGGACUGUGGUCUAGCCUUGGUGGAGUUGCCUGUGUUUACAGGAAAAAUCUUCAGUUUGUGUUGGCAAAAUGAGGACAACAUCUUUGCCACGGGUCCUGAUGGUGUCGUGAUCUGGUACAAGGCCGACAAAUCCAGCAAGGCUUACUGCCUAGUGGAAGCAGCCAGGUUCCUAUUGCCUCAAGCACCACAGCGUUGGCUGACCACUGUCACGUUGGUUCCCAAUCAGGAGGGCGCCCUCGUGUGUGGAGAUCGGAGAGGCUCCGUUCUGCUCUAUACAAACCUACACAGAACAAGACCAGAGGAAAAGCUAGUUGGUCCGACACACUCUCUUCCUUGCAUACACGGCAAGUCCGGCGUGACGCACGUUUGCUACCAUGCUGGGUGCAUUUACAGCACAGGUAGAGAUGGCAUGUACAGACAGAACAGGCUGCAGGGUACCAGACUAGAGAUGAUGAAUACUUGUAAGGUAUAUAAAGGUUUUGAGUGGAUAGAGAAUAUUUCAUUCACUGCUGCUGACGAUGUCUUGGUGUGCGGUUUCCAUGCUUCUUCCUUUAUUGUUUGGAGUCACAAGAGCAACGAGAAACUGAUCCAGAUCCAUUGUGGUGGGGGUCACAGGGCCUGGAGUUUUGCCAACUGUGAGCCUCCCCUUACCCAAGGGGAGAGCUCCACCCAUGGGGACACUGUGGCAAGGAAGGAUGGCACGUGUGGUUCGUUGGCCAUUUUUGCUUGCAUUAAAACCAAAAAGGUCAUUGUGUGCACAGCACCCGGAGAGAAACUACAGCGACAUCCCACACUAAAGGAGAGUUUGCAUGGACGCCGAAUCACAUGCAUCAAAUUCCUCACCACCGUCAGUCUUCCAGAUGGGGAAUGUGCACUUUGUGCUACAGGAAGUGAAGAUAAUGCUGUCAACCUAGUUGCCAUCAGGUUCCCUGUUGGUGAACCCUCCACACUUCAAAUCCUGCACCGUCUUCAAGUCCACAUUUCAAGCGUUCGCUGCCUGGCCGCCUGCCCCUCCUCAUUUGCAAUAGACCCGGAGGGAGAACCCUUAGAGCAAGGAGAGGUCACGGGUGGUCAGGAGGCAGGUCAAAGGUUACUACUGUUCUCUGUUGGUGGCCGGCGAGCCAUACUGUGCUGGAGAUUGACACUCCCCCAACACUGCCCUCUUCAAGACCAGGCUUCUGUGCUCCUGAAGUCCAUGUGCACUGUGGAGCACCUGAUGUCCUACGGAAACACCGACAACGUUAAGCAGCGACGCUGGCUGAAGAGACACGGAAAGCCUGUUGAUCCAGAAACCAGGUUCAUGUCAGCCUCUCUCUGGAAAGGAAACAAGGUGGUUGGCUACAGCAGGACAGAAUGCAUUCUGGGAGUAGCUGGUUCUGAUGCCUACCUGAGGCUCUUUGUUUUUAACGAGCAGACCAGGGAAAUGACCCCACUUGUUUCGACCAACUCCCAAGGCUGUUGUCUGCUUGCCACACUCGGCAUCACCCUUGACUUCCCGUGGGGCUUGUGCCCUGUUCUGCUGACUGCAGGAACCAAUGGCAGAAUUGUAUUCUGGGAUAUCCAGAAAGCGCUCAGGGAAUGCAGUGCUGAUUGCACAGAGGACAGCAAGCUGGCGAAAAGUGAAUUGAACACAAACGAUAAAUCUAAAAUUGAAGUCUUAGAAACAAAUCAACAGACUGGUGCAAUAAGCAGGGAACUUUCUAGAAGUAUGAAGGAGCAGUGUAGCAAUACUAAAAUGUCAGCAAGUGGUAAAGAUCUAUGCAGUAUUUCUAAAGAAGCAAAGGUUAGUAUCAAGGAACGGUGUGAUAGUAAUGCAGAACCAAGCAGUGAUGAUGUGGGAGCAUGCAGCAACACAACAGCACAAUGCAGAAAUCCCAAGGAACAAUUCAGUAAUACCAAAGAACUUUUCAGUGAUACCAGAGAACCAUGCAGUUCUACCAGAGACUCAUGCCAUCAUAUAACCACAGAUACUGAUCAGACCUCAAGUACUUGGUACACAUUACCUCCACUGUCCAAAAAGGAGCGAGAAGAGCCUGGAACAAUACAGAAACAUCAGGACAUGCAAAGAACUAAACCUUUAGCAUCUCAAAAGGAACUUGGAGCUCUGGCAAUGAAUUUGACAGAGACUGAUUCAUCAGGAGACAGUGAGGAUGGCUUCAGACAGUCACUACUUUCCAUUGAGGCACACCAGUCAGGAAUCAAUGCACUGUGCAUGAGUCAAUUAGAUGGCAACAGGUUCCUAUUGGCAAGUGGUGGUGACGACAAUUCCAUACAGCUCAGUCUGCUCUCUGUAAGUGCUGAAUCUGACAGAAAUAUCAGGGUCAGCGUGGAGCAUACACACAGCAUCACCUGUGCACACGCUGCCCAGGUCACAGGCUUGUGUUUCACUGAUGUCUGCACUCUAGUCUCAUCCUCCAUUGAUCAAAGACUCAGUGUUUGGAGUAUCAGCAUUUCACCUGACAAGACCUCCAUCCUGAAGGUUAAGCAGUUUGGUAGCAGCUUUACCCUCAUUGCUGACUGUGCUGGCAUGGCCCACUGGACCUUGAGGCAUGCUGGGCAUGUUAUCAUGGUGUGUGGUCAAGGAGUACAAGUUCUACAUUUGAAGGAGAGUGAAGGGACGAGACCAGGCACUUGCAGUUUACCAUCCUAUGACCAUCAUGGGGUAGGUUCCAUCAGUGACAAAUUGUCAACCAGUGGUCGAUUUUGACUGGUGACCUAUGCAUUAAAUAUAUAUCGGGCAUCAAGGAAAAUCGACCAGUGGUUAACAAAUAGCCGCUGAUUGAACUUGCCCAUGGGCAUUAGACAAGGGGUUCUUGCAUAUUUAAGGCUUACUAAAGAUUCAGGAAUGCCUCUCUGCAAAAACCAUUCAUAUUCAACACCGUGUAUUUUUGAACUUUGAAGCCACCAAAUUGAAGGGACACCUACAUGCUAAGGAUAUGAAGAUGUUUGAAUGCAGCUUUUGGCCAGGCAGCACCCGCACUUGUGUGUGUUGUAUAAUGGGCAACCCAACCUGCAAAUAUGAACUGUCAUUUGACAAAACUAACUUUAAUGUGAUAGCUAAGUGCCCUGGCAGUCCAUACUUGAAAAAGAGCUGCCAUUGCGAUUGUUAACCAGCUGGCUUAAGCAGUUCAAUACUGGCAAAUUAGGUAUUAUUCUAAGCCAUUCUUAGAUAAAGACAGCGAACAUAGAAUCAUGCAGUAAGUGAGUCUUUACUGUUUUUGUGGCUAUGGGCCGAUUGCUGGUGUUAUCAUUUCUAACCUGAAGAUUCAGCCACUCCUUGUUGAAUACCCUCUGUCAAGGCAAUUUUCAGCUAUUUAAAUAAGAGAACGAACAUGUGCUUGUCCAGCCUUAAACAUUGCUUAAGACUGGACCAGGGGAAUUGAUGCACAUUUAGCACAUACUGCAGGAAGUGGAACCAGCUAGUGUCAUUUAAGACCUGCCAUGUGACAUGCUUUGAACCAAUAAGAAUAGCUAAAUAUCUUAGGUAUUGAUGAAUUAUUAAUAACAUCCAGUCCAGCAAUAUAUAUAUAAAGAAUUCCUGGCAUAAAUCAUGUUCAGCCAGCGUCAGGCAGGCAAACCAUUUAUAGAUCAGCUUUACACACAGUUUUGUUGCAGUGGUCAACCUUUAACUUGAAAAGCAAACUGUUGAACACUAGCUAGGGUGUAUGGACAACUUGAAGACCAUUCAUUACAACUAUCCGGCUGAUGGCCUUGCUACUGUUUCUCUCAGAUGCAAUUUUUAAAUCUCUUUUAAAACAUGUUUUACUGAGGCAAAAGUAAGAUCAAAUUUUAUGAAUAUGAUUUUCUGACUCUAGAAACAGACAAAGGUGAAACAAAAUUGGUAUUUUUUAAAUCUGUUUUUUGUAUAUUUGCGUUUAACCCUGACAAAAAUACAGUGGAAAAUCUUUAGAUAUCACACAGCACAUACGCGUCUAUAAUUGGUGUUGUAUAAGUCAUCAAAGGUCACUUUGUAAGGGCCAAUGAAUAAAAAUUUUUCACCUUA